AUGAUAUUCCUUCGUCGUCAUCUUCAUGAGGACCUUAAAAAUGAAUAUCUUACCAUAACUGAUCCAUAUGUUUUAUGGAAAAUUUUAAAAGAGAUAUAUGCUCAUAAAAAAUUGAUUAUUCUACCAAAAGCUCGUUAUGAUUGGAUGCAUUUACGUGUGCAAGAUUUUAAAAGUGUAAGUGAUUAUAAUUCUACAAUGUUUAGAAUAAUCUCUAAGAUGACAUUAUGUGGAGAAAAAGUAACUGAUGAAGAUAUGUUAGAAAAAACAUUCUCCACUUUUCAUGCAUCCAAUGUGCUUCUACAACAACAAUAUCGAUUAAAAGGGUUUAACAAAUACUCUGAUUUGAUAUCUUAUCUUCUUGUGGCUGAACAAAAUAAUGAGCUCUUGAUGAAAAACCAUGAGGCUCAUCCCGCAGGUACAUUUCCAUUCCCAAAAGUAAAUGUAGCAAGAAACACUCACUAUGUGCAAAAUCAUGGUCGUGGUCGUGCGUAUAAUUAUGCUCGUGGUCUUAAUUUUGAUCAAAUCCACAAUGGCAAUCAUAAGAAUGCAUCUUUUCACCAGAAGUUAAAAGAUACUAAAAAGAAUGGAAAAGGUGGUAAGAGUAGAAAAAAUAAAGAAAAUAUUUGCUAUCAUUGUGGGGGGAAAGUUCGUUGGGGUCGCACUUAUCGUACACCAAAAUACCUUGUUGAUCUUUAUAAAAAAUCGCUAAAAAGUACAAAUACAAGAAUUGAGACACAUUUUUCUAAUGAAGAUGGUGAUCCCGAUUAUGGAAAUAUGGAUGUUAGUCACUUAGAGAUUGGGGAUUUCUUUUCUAAUCUAGAUGGAAAAAUUGAUCACCUUAUUGGAGAUGGAACUGUCAAGAAAUAG